AAAAAGGUGGUUAAUUUUUUGGUCAAACCUUCAAAACUGUCAAGGAUGUAAAAUCGAAUGAAAUUGUUUAUAUAUUUGUGACGAUUCUACGCAGAUCUAGGGGGUCACAACUUUGAGAUUAAUGUCAAUGUGAAGAGCGUGUUAUAUAUGUUUUAUUAGCCAAGAAAAGCUAAUGUCGACCCGUGGCAAAUCGCGGAGUUCGAGUGAUAUAUGUGCCGACUGCAGUGCACCGAAUCCAGCAUGGGCUUCGAUAAACCGUGGAGUACUCAUCUGCAAUGAUUGCUGUAGUGUUCAUCGUAGUUUAGGUCGACACAUCAGUCAGGUUCGGCACCUAAAACAUGGCAGUUGGACACCUUCACUUUUACAGAUGGUAAACACAUUAGUGGCAAAUGGAGCCAAUUCAAUCUGGGAGCAUUCCCUACUUGAUCCAAAUCAGAUUAAAAGUGGAAUUAGAAAACCGACUCCGAAAGAUCCUAUACUAACAAAAGCAAACUUUAUAAGAGCAAAAUAUCAGAUGUUGUCUUUUGUUCACCGGCUGCCUUGUCGGGAUGACGAUGAAAUAUCAACUGCGGAUCUUAGCCAGCAACUUCACUCAAGUGUAAGAACUGCCAAUUUGGAGACUUCAUUAAGGUUACUCUCGUUAGGUGCACAGCCCAAUUACUAUUUUCAGGAGAAAGGCAAUUGCCCUCUUCACAUAGCUGCAAAUGCUGGUCAGUUACUUCAAGUUGAAUUGCUGUGCGUUCACGGUGCUGACCCAUCACUAUUAGAUAGCGAAGGAAAAGCGCCGUUGGAUUAUGCAAUGGAUGGUGGUCAUAUGUCACUGGUCGAAAGAUUGAUCAAUUUACAAUGUGAGGUCACCGAUAGAUUAACCUACUAUUUAUGUGGAAGAAAGCCUGACCAUAAAGACGGACACAAGUUUUUCAUCCCAGCAAUGGCUAACAGCUCCUUAGAUUUAUCAGAAAGUGCAAAACUUGCGAAGCAAAAACUACAAUUAUUAAGUAACCAUCUCUUUGAAGAACUCUCUUCAGAUGUUUAUGACGAAGUCGAUAGACGUGAGACGGAUGCAAUUUGGCUAGCCACGCAGAACCAUAGUGAUUUUGUUAGCGAUCGUACGGCUGUGCCCUUUCUUCCUGUCAAUCCUAGUUACUCGUCCACCAGAAACCAAGGUCGACAGAAACUCGCACUGUUUAAUGCUCAAGAAUUUUCCACGUUGGUUCUCGAUAUUGUUAUCGAUGCGAGAAGACGUGAAAUGGGUUCACAACUCGACUUGAAUGAAGUAGAGUUCAUGGAAAACGAAUUGGAAGGAGACGGUCAUGAUUACGAUGAAGUCGCCAGCGAUGAUGGAUUGCUUGAGCCUAUCAACGAAACUCGUGAAACGGAGAAAGUAGUGAUAGCUAAGAGUAAACACAUUGAAAACAAAACAGAGAACGUAGUUUCAGAACCAGCAAGAGAAGCAGAAGAGCCGGAAAGAGAGUUUGUGCCAUUCAAGACGGACAUCCCAGAGCCGGCCGAAGAAUACAGAGAUUUCGUGCCAAUUGCACAAUACAAGAAGCUCCAAAAGUCGUUAUUCGAAUCACAGGAAAUUGUAAAUGAAUUAUCUCGCGAAAAGGAAGGCCUUCUCAAAGAAAUCAGCGUGUUACAGACUGUGGUUCAAACAUUGAAAGAUGAAAUCUCGAAUCAAGAAGUGUUUGCACCAACUGAAAAGGAGCCGAAAACGAACGGGCAUUUGCAGGUUGAAGAUCAUAAAACAAGCAUUGUGGAUGAAAAUGAUCAAAAUAUGGAUGACGAGGAUUCAGAUGACAUGGUCGAUAUUAGUGAAAUUAAAAGUUACGAAGCUCCACGAUUGCUUCUCGACAAGUCUCGCGACGCACGCGGCUCAAAUUCGUCUGGGAAAAUGUACGAUAAUGUCCCGAAGACGCCGCCGAAGUCUAACGACGGCGGUUCGUUCUUUGAAGAUGAUCAAGAAAGAGUCAAUACUGAUCCUGACGAAUACAUGAAACAGGAGCUUGAAGACGAGGCUCGUCGCAUUAUGAAUGAAGCUGACAGUCUCAUCAAUCUUUCUCAACCUCGCCUCACGAAGGAAGAGGUCGUCCUUUGCACGGAACAAAUUACAAAACGCAUCCAGGAAUUACUACUUGCAGCUCAAGCCGGAACUCACAGCAGUUUUAUACCUUGUUCAAAUAAUAUCCUAUUCGCAGUCAAGAAUAUGACAUCCUUAUUUCCCGAGAAUCCGCCGGUAAUGGCAGUCCAGGCUGCCUUGGAUCUUAUGAACCAGAGUGCUGUACGACUGGAGGUGGAAUGUAAAAACACCGUUCUCCCGGAAAACUCAAUCGACAUGGCCCAGUUGACACAGCAGGUCAUUCAGUGUGCGUACGAUAUCGCGAAGGCUGCCAAGGAGCUGGUGACUACCGUAGCUUAUUAAUAAAGAUUUAGUAUAGAGAUUAGAUAUGGUAAUCCUCACACCUUCUGCAACGCGUUGGCAUGACCAAAGUAUCCUCCAAAAAGGGUAGUGUUUAUACAGGAAUGGAGGGCGGCUGCUAGCUAUAGGGUGGGUACCAGCACCAGCUGUCAGAGUCAGAGAUAUGCCGGAUAGAAAAACAGAAGGUGCUGCCUGCAGUCUCAGAUUGACCUUUACACGAAAAAGAAUACUCCAAAAACUACAGUCCAAAUUUUUAUUAAGGACCAAUUUUCUAAGAUAUGAACUUUUACCCUCCAAAUUUCUACUUCACCUGCACCUUCCUCUGGCUUAGGUGCGACCACCCUUAGCAUAUUCAUUCCUGUGUCGAUACCAGGGAAAAUGAACAUGCGCAAUCUGUAAAGCACAUGCGAACAGAUGCUGAACGGUUUGCACACCAGGGCUUUUAACAAAUCAUUUUUCCUGGUCUUUUACCGCGCUACAGCAACACCAUGCACUUUUCAGGUCAGGGAUAAUUUCAGAACAAACAUGGUUAAUGAUAUUUCAAGACUAAUUUGUAAAUAAGAUUAGAGGCAGUUAUUUUUAUACAAUUUAUCAACUACCUAAUAUCACUAAGUUUAUAUUUAAAUCCCGCAUGUUGUGCUUAAAAAUAUUGAAGUUCCUU